AUGUUUCGUUCGGCUGCUCGAGCGUGCAGGCCGCGCAUCACACCUCUCAGGACCGCGCCUCGAGCAGUCCCAGCCCCGCGGCGGUCCUUCUUCUGGUCCUCGUCGUCCUCAUCAGCUGCAGCUUCCGCAACCGAUCUCGCCGCCAACCACGUCCCAUCUGUCGCGCCAGACCUCCUCCCUCUCCUCUUCGGCGUCCUCCUCGCUCAUGCCGCCAUCGACGAGUCGGACGACGAGAAGACCCUGCAUUGUCCGCCUUGGAAGGUCGAGUCGUUCGGCGACAAGGGGUUCGGAGCGGUCGCUGCGAGAGACAUCAAGCGGGGCGAGAGGCUGAUCUCCGAGCGCCCGUUGUGCUGCUGGCCGAACAACAUCAGCGCGGAAGAGGCGAAGCGGUUGUUCGAGGCCAUGUCGGAGCAGGAGCAGGCGGCGUUCAUGGCGCUCGCGAGGACGGACGGGAGUGGAGGAGUGACGAAUCUGGAUGAGAUUAGGGCGAGGAGGGCGACGAAUGGGUUUUCGAUCCCGUUGCCGGCCGCGGACGGCUCGAUGAUGGGCAAGAGCGUCGCGAUGGUGUUCCCGAGGAUUGCGCGGAUCAAUCAUAGCUGCGCACCAAAUGCCGCUCAAGCAAUGAAUUUCAUCACCUUCCGCAUGGAAGUCUACGCCAUCACCGAUAUCCCCGCCGGCACCGAGAUCACCAUCGAAUAUGUCCCAUCCCUCAUUACCGCCUCCGCCCUCGAGCGAAGACAGAAGCUGCGAACCUCGUUCGGCUUCGACCGCUGCCUCUGUCCCGUUUGCGCCGCCUCGCCCGCCGAGGUUGAGCUGAGCGACAGCCGACGAAGGGAGAUCAAGGCGAUCAGUGGGUCGUUCCGAGCUGGAGGCGGGAACAGGGAGGCGAACUGGGCGAAGAUGACGCGGAUACAGCAGUUGCUCGACGAGGAGGGCUACCGAGGGUUGCCUGACUUCGGCGACCCGAGCUUCAACCACGCCUUUGCCGUCUUCCGCACCAUGCUCUCGCCUGCCCAGGGCUCGACUCCUCUUUCCGCCUCAUCCUAG